GACCUGACUUGGAACAUCCAAAGGAGGACGGCUGUCAGCUCUGCUGGACGGAGGACCCACUGGCCCCCCCAGACAUCGCAUAGCAACUGACCAGUCAUGCGUGGGUGGGGGGACGGAACACACGGGACUAAGCACCUGAGCAGAAUGGAAUCGUUAUUUUUUCCCAAGGAGAAAAAGGGGGCAAAAGGAGCAAACACUUGAAUUUGAAGUGCUUGUGGAUGGGCGUUCAGAAGGUCAUUAAAGAAUCCCUCCUCCCCCAGGGGGACCUGGUGGGACUUGGGACCUCUGGCUUUCUGACUAUAAGUGGAAGCUGGUCUUACGCACGCUGUUGUCAAAUGUCAGAUGGAAAAAAAGGAGCAGCUUGAGUGACUAGCAAAAUACUUGCAGGUGGAGGCAGGAGCCCAGGUUCUGCUGCAGGUGUGUUGGAACCUAGAGCAGGAGGAGGAAGCCAACCUGAGCAUGACUCGGCCCUUCGGGCGAGUUCGGCGACAUGCUCCUGAGGAAGCGAUGCAGGCGUGGACCUCGCAGGCUGCAGCUCCUGCUGCUGCUCCUGAUGCUGGGAUGCCUGCUGCUGACCGUGACCGUGCUGCACACUCCCCCGCAGGCUCCGCUCCAGGCAGGCACAGACCCGGCCGCCAGGCACCGCCUGGAGGCAGGGUUCCGUCUGGACUUCGGGGAAUCCCAGGAAUGGGUGUUGGAGGCUGAGGGCCAAGAGUACGGCCCCCUGGAGGACCUGCCCCCCUUUCUCUCGCUGCGGGAGGACCAGCUCCUGGUGGCCAUGGUCUCACCCUGGACCAGGAGGAACCACAGCCAGGGCAAGAGAGGUGGCAGCUACCGGUUCGCCAAGCAGCCGAGCGGGAGUCAGGACAAGGAGGCUCCAGUGAGAGACUGGGGGACCGAGGAGGCCAGCGAGGUGUCUGAAAAGGAGGAGCUGACCUCGCACGGCCUGGAGGAGGCACUCAGUGCCCGCAUCCCCCUGCAGAGGGCGCUGCCCGAAGUCCGGCACCCGCUGUGUGUCCAGCAGCAGCCCCAGGGCAGUUUGCCCACUGCCAGCAUCAUCCUCUGUUUCCAUGACGAGGCCUGGUCCACCCUCCUGAGAACAGUGCACAGCAUCCUUGACACAGUGCCCAGGGCCUUCCUGAAGGAGAUCAUCCUGGUGGAUGACCUCAGCCGGCCAGGACAACUCAAGUCUGCACUCAGUGAAUACGUGGCCAAGCUGGAGGGGGUGAAGCUGCUCAGGAGCAACAAGAGACUGGGGGCCAUCCGGGCCCGGAUGCUGGGGGCCACCAGGGCCACUGGGGAUGUGUUGGUCUUCAUGGACUCCCACUGCGAGUGCCACUCAGGCUGGCUGGAGCCCCUCCUCAGCAGAAUAGCUGAUGACAGGAGCCGGGUGGUGUCUCCAGUCAUAGACGUGAUCGACUGGAAGACUUUUCAGUAUUACCCCUCCAGGGAUUUGCAGCGUGGAGUGCUAGACUGGAAGCUGGAUUUCCACUGGGCGCCUUUGCCUGAGGGUGAAAGGAAGGCUCUCCAGUCCCCCAUCAAGCCCAUCAGGAGCCCUGUGGUGCCCAGCGGGGUUGUGGCCAUGGACAGACAUUACUUCCAAAACACUGGGGCGUAUGACCCCCUCAUGUUACUGCAAGGUGGUGAAAACCUCGAACUGUCUCUCAAGGCCUGGCUCUGUGGUGGCUCUGUUGAAAUCCUUCCUUGCUCGCGGGUGGGGCAUAUCUACCGAAAUCCAGGUGGCAGCUCCCCCCUUGACCAGGAGGCUGCCCUGCGGAACAAGGUUCGCAUUGCUGAGGCCUGGCUGGGCUCGUUCAAAGAUACCUUCUACAGGCACAAUCCAGAGGCCCUGUCCUUGAGCAAGGCAGAGAAGCCAGACUGCACAGAACGCCUGCAGCUGCAGAGGAGGCUGGGGUGUCGGAUGUUCUCCUGGUUUCUGGCUCACAUCUACCCUGAGCUGUACCCAUCUGAAGGCAGGCCCAGGUUCUCCGGAAAGCUCCACAACACUGGACUCGGCCUCUGCGCAGACUGCCAGGCAGCAGGGGACAUCCUGGGCUGUGCCGUGACGCUGGCUCCGUGCAACGAUAGUCAGCAGCAGCAGCAUCUGGAGCACACCGGCAGGCAGGGCAUCCACUUCAGCAGCCCACAGCACCUGUGCUUCGACGUCAGGCAAGAGCAGGUGAUUCUGCAGCCCUGCACCGGGGAAGGCCCCGGCAUCCACCAGCAGCUCUGGGACUUCCAGGAGAAUGGAAUGAUUGUCCACAUUCUUUCUGGGAAAUGCAUGGAAGCUGUGGAGCAGGAAAACAGAAGAGAUUUGUACUUGCACCAGUGUGAUGGGAAAGCCAGCCAGCUGUGGCGAUUCGACAAGGUCCAUGCUGUGGCAGACCGGUGAAUGCAGCGUUGACGGAAAAGAGCGGGUUAGGCAUCACUGCUCAAUCCCAAGUGAACUAAAAGAGCACACAUACUUCACAAAGCUGACCCUCUCGCAUCUGUGCUCCUGGUGAGAGUAGAGAAGAAAGCUCCAUGAAUGAGUAUAGAAAGCCUUUCCUUGUACCUUCUUUCAUUGACUGCAGGCUGUUUUAUAAAAAGAAAAAGAAAAGGAAAUGGAUGCAUUGUCUCAUUGCCUUCAUCACUGGAAGGUGAUCAUUGCAUGGUACAGAGAAUUCUUUGCUGUUUUUUUCCCAUUGAUCACUGUAUGACUACUUUUAUCUUCGACAAAUAAGAGAGGCCUGGACAUUCUCUGGCAACACCUCCAGGAUACAUUGACCUAAUCAAUCAAUUUGUUUCAAAGCCCUACCUUGGAUCAUCAUGAAUUAAAGUGUGAAGAGGGUGUAAUGGCAAGACAACCCCAAAACUUUGGAUUAAGCUUAUUAGGAAAAAUUUCAUGUUCAGUAGUUGAGUCAUAGCUCAGAAGAAGGAAGGGAAGCUACUGAAAGAAGAUCAUGUUGGAGAGAAGAUGGAAGGGAGCUUUGGCCCAAUUCUCCAGCUCAGCCCAGCAGCUGAAAAGAGACAGACUGGAAUAAGACAUUUUCCUGUUAUGAGAAUUUCCUCAGUACUUUCUAUCUCCAUUCAUCCUGCUUCAGCCUUUCUGUAAGUUGGUUAAUCCCAAUCAAAAUCUCACUUAAUAUAUUUCUCUUCAGUUGCUGAUGUUGGAAGGGUCACUCACUCAGCAUUUUCAUUAACAAAAGUAUAUACUGUUGAGAAACUGUCCUGAUGUCCUGCUACAGGGUUUGCAUUGACCAGAUCAGAAAUAACAACCUUUGCAAAGAGGCAAACCUCCCUGGAAUGGAAAUGCCAGAGUUUAAGCCAAAAUUCAUGAGAGGAACCAGAGUUGGGUGUUAAUGCCUACAAGGGCUGGCAUGGCCAUCUCUGAGCCUGUAGGACCCCUAAAUGUGCCCACAGGCUGAAUGUCCACCCCUUAGAGGAGAACACACUUCCACUAGAGCAGAAUCAAUACAAGCAAGAGCUCAAUGGCUCUCCUUGAGGACCUGGACUACCUAGCUCAGCCAUAAGAGCUGUUGAGUGGAGUUGGUUCAGGCAUUGAGAAGACACCAUUCAUGCCCAUUUCUCUCCAGGUGGAGUUCACUCUCCACAUGGCCUCCUCCCCUCAAAGAUGUUGUCUCAGAAUACAGUGUUUUUCAAAUGAGAAGCACUAGGCAGGCAGUGAGGGUUUCCAGACAAUGCCUGUCAUAAUUAGAUAUUCCUUCUCCACCUGCUUACAUCAACGACCCACCACAUUUCCCCUUCCUCAGAAUAUACUCUAGGCCUGUGCUGUCUAAUAUAGUAGCUACUAGUCACAUUUAAAUGUGGCUAUUUAAAUGCAAAUUUAUUAAAGAUUAUUUAAAAUUCAGUUCUUCAGCUGUAUUGGUCACACUUUGAGUGCUCAGUACCCACAUGUGGCUGGUGGUACAUAUUGGGCAGCACAGAUACAGACCAUUAAAUCACUGCAGACAGUUCUGGACAGUGUUGGUCUAGGUAGAUUCAUCAUCCCACUGAGAGAAAAGAUCUUAGCCACUGUCUUCUUCCUUCAGACAUAUCUAUAUUUAAAACAAAUGCCCCUAACAUCCUGAGGCUGAGAUGGAGCUAAAACUUCUCAGAUGGCAACCUUGUAAAAGGUGUUAUUAAUGGUUGAAAAAUAAAAAUUAAACAGAACCUCUAUUUUUUUUUAAUGAACUUUAUUUUUUACAUUUUGGGUCUUUGAA